UGUCCAACGACCUAAUCCAGAGCGUGAGGAUGUUCAUCCGAACCAGUCCGAGUCGAGCCAACGACCCAAAACCACUUCUUCCAGCAGCGACUGUCGAACCUCGGCCAACGCUCCGACCUGUCCGCCUUUAGAAACGACCUUUUCGGUGUCGGCUGUCGCUUCGGUCGGUCCAGCUCCUUGAACCGGACUCCUCAGACGUGACGUCGGGACAAUGGAAUCCACCGUCCUCCCGGACAGUGUCCGCCCUCAGAGGCUGCAGCCCGGGAUAGGAUUCGCUUCUGGACCGAGCGGGACGCUCCGCUCGUCUCUCCGGCCCGGGGUGACGGUCCCCGUCGCGCCGCUGCUGUCGUCGCCGGCCUCGCUGUGCGCUUCGUCCGGGCCUCCCCCUCCGCCGCCGCCGCUGCAGCUCCACAGCCUGUACGGCGGGGCGGGGGCCGGGCUGGGGCCGGGGGCGGCUCGCUGCAACCCGGCGGUGCUGAAGGAGGCGGUGGAGGCGGUGGUCCGCAGCUUCGCCAAGCACACGCAGGGCUACGGCAGAGUGAACGUGGUGGAAGCUCUGCAGGAGUUCUGGCAGAUGAAGCUGACCCGAGGGGCCGACCUGCGGAACGGAGCGCUGGUUGUUUACGAAAUGGUCCCGUCUAACAGCCCCCCAUAUGUCUGCUAUGUUAGCCUUCCAGGUGGCAGCUGUUUUGGAAGCUUCCAGUUUUGCCCGACCAAGGCAGAAGCUCGGCGCAGCGCGGCCAAGAUCGCUCUGAUGAACUCCGUUUUUAACGAACACCCCUCGCGCCGAAUUACAGACGACUUCAUAGAGAAGAGUGUGAGCGAGGCCCUGGCCUCAUUCAAUGGAAACCGAGAAGAAGCUGACAAUCCAAACACAGGCAUCGGAGCAUUUCGCUUCAUGCUCGAGUCCAACAAAGGGAAGUCCAUGCUGGAGUUCCAGGAGCUGAUGACUGUGUUCCAGCUGCUGCACUGGAAUGGAAGCCUCAAAGCCAUGAGAGAGCGGCAGUGUUCCCGGCAGGAGGUGCUCGCCCAUUACUCCCACCGGGCCCUGGACGACGACAUGCGCACUCAGAUGGCGGCUGACUGGGUGAACCGAGAGCAGAGCGUGGCGAGUACCAUCGCUCAGGAGCUGGCCUCGACGGAGCGAGAACUGGAGGACGCCCGACUGGCGGGCAGGGAGCUGCGCUUUUACAAAGAAAAGAAAGACAUCCUGGUAAUGGCUGUGGGUCAGCUGAGCGCAGCCAAUGCCGCCACUCUGCCGUCGCACUAAAGCCCGUCGCUCCGCAGGACUCCUGGUAACAGUGUGGAUCACUCUAUUAAAAACUAUAUCAGGCAACGGUAAACGCUUCUGUUCUGAACACAAACGCCACUCGGGCUGUUACCUCCUCGUGCCUAAUCAGUUAUUUCUAAACGCCUGUAAAAUAGUGCUGCCUGCCUCUGAUUUAUAUAUAUAUAUAUUUUAUAUAUUGUUUCGACUGAUACAAUGGACAUUUACAAAUUUUGUUAACUGUUGAUCAGUGAAUGUACAGGUCACAAGUUACUCAUAGUUCCAAUUUAGGUUUAAAUCAAAUCAGUCUGCUGUGAUUAAAAGGAUUUGGUUGUGAUGAUUUCAUGUUAAGAUGCUAAAAGCACUGGUUUAAAAAAAACAAAACAACAGGAUAAAUAUUGCUGAAACUUAACCAGAGUCUCACAUCAACGCAAAUAAAAUAACCUAAAAUGACUCUGGGGUUGCAGGGAGCGAGGGUACGUUUCAAUAAAAUGUCAGCUGACGACUCUGACCGGAGCUCAGGUGUUCUAAAAAAAAAAAAAAAGGUAAAUCAACAAUAUGUUGUCUUUGUUUAUUCUUGUUUGUGAAGGUUUUUAGAGUUUGCUGUGUGGUUUGUGAUUAUGACAUUAUCCGAAUGUAUUAUUAUUAUUAUUAUUGUUUUUAUUUUGUGAGGUAAAUGACCUACAAAGCAGCUCUUACACUAAAAAAAAAAAAAAAAAAAAAAAAAAAA